UUUCCCGGAAGGAUAGAGAUUACCGGAGCGCCCUUGUGAGCCUGCUCGCCCGGGAACCCGAGGCCACCCGGCGCUUCUCUUCUCGAAAGAGAUUUCCUCCUAGGCCACCUUCCAGUUUGGGGAGCCGAGUUAGGGGUUGGGGGAAGGAGGCCCAGCAGCCGCAGCCGGAGGAGCGCUCACGACGGACAGCCGGUGGCUCCCUCACCUCUCCACCUGUGAUGCAGGAGGGAGAGUUGGCCAGUUUUUCUGUGAGCCCCGAGGCAGCCACACCACCCCCAGGCACCCAGGCCAAAUGUGAAGCUGGAAUGGACUUGCUGGGUGAAGGGGGAAUCUGCAAGCUGCCAGGAAGACUCUGCAUCCAGCCGGCACUCUGGAGCAGGGAGGACGUGCUGCACUGGCUGCGUUGGGCCGAGCAGGAGUACUCGCUGCAGCGCACGGGGGAGCACGGCUUCGAGAUGAACGGCCGAGCCCUCUGCAUCCUCACCAAGGAUGACUUCCGGCUUCGUGCACCUGGUUCAGGUGACGUCCUGUAUGAGCUGCUUCAGUACAUCAAGACCCAGCGGCAAGCCCUGGUGUGUGGGCCCUUUUUCGGAGGGGCCUUCAGGCAGAAGAUGCCCCCUCAGCGCUGCCCCUGCCUCCUGGAAGAGGGGACUGGGCGACCUCAAUUGGCCCCCCGAACGGGUCUCCUGCAGCAGCCACCACACCUGGGGUUUGCCGGCUCCUUGAGCCAUCUGGCCAGGUGGCCCCUUGGCAGGGAGGACUCCCUCAACGUAUCUCACUGUUCAGAGCUCAGCUGCAGGGCUGAGGGAGCCUGCUCCUCCCCCAUGAUGCCGGAGGCUCCCAUUGAUGGCAGGAUCGCUGAUUGCCGGCUGCUGUGGGAUUAUGUGUACCAGCUGCUCUCUGACACCAGGUACGAGCCCUACAUCAGGUGGGAAGACAAGAACGCCAAGAUCUUCAGAGUUGUGGAUCCAAACGGGCUUGCCAGACUCUGGGGAAACCACAAGAACCGGGUGAACAUGACCUACGAGAAGAUGUCACGUGCCCUGCGACACUACUAUAAGCUGAACAUCAUCAAGAAAGAACCUGGGCAGAAGCUCCUGUUCAGAUUUCUGAAGACGCCCAGGAAGGUCGUCCAGGACAGGGAGCAACCAGAGAGCCCGGAGCAGGGCAGGUUGGAUUUCAACGAGGAGAUGCUGCAAGUCUCUCCCUGAGGGGCAGGUGGAUUCCGGGUACCAACCGAGUCUCCCGGGAAGGCACCUGGCCGCACGGUGGCCUCCUCCUCCCUCCCAGGGCAGCAGGGAUCCCCAGCAGGUUUUGCACUCAAGGGGUCACAGCUGUUGUCUCUGACCCCAAAGCUGCCUGGGCACCUGGGAGGCUGGGAACUGGGAAGCCUCACAUUUAGGGCGUGGUGGGGGGGCAUCAUUCUUCGGUAGGGCAGCCCUGGGGCUCAGUGGAGUGCAGGGAGUGAUCCCUCUCUCUGCCCUAGCCCUUGCUGCCUGCCCAGCUUGGGAGUGAGAGCAUCUAGCCCAAUUCCUUCAACUUACAGAAGAAGGAAGCGGAGACCCCUUACUGGACCUCAGUUUCCUCAUCUGUGAAAGGGACGAGCUCAUGACAACCUGACCUCAGGGGGCUGAUCCUGGCUGGGAAAAAGGAGUAUUGUUUUGUCAGUCUUAGUAAUAAUAAUGGUAACUGACGUUUAAGUGUUUACUAUGUGCCAGGCCUUGUGCUAAGGGUCCUUCCUAUAAUUUAUGUCAUUCAAUUCACACUCCAAACCCCUGAAGUUUAAAGAUGGGGAAAUGGCGGCAGAGGUUUGCAGAGCUGGGAUGUGUCUCCAAAACCCAGUGCUAUUACUUGGUUGGUUGGUUUGUUUUAGUGACUCUGAAUGUAUUGGGCACUUCUCAAGCAGAGGCCGUGGCCCUACCUCUCUGCCCUCAGCGUCUCUGCUGAACAGUUCAUUUCACUUGGCCCAACCUCCAUUUCCCGAGUUUUCGGAACUUUGGUGCCUCUGUGACAGUGACCGGGUGAAGAUCUCCACUCCCUCUCCACCUGUGGUUUCCUAUCGCCCGUUCCUGGACCUGCCGUGUGACCUUGGGCAAGUUGUUUCAUUUCUCUGGAGCCUCAGGCUUCUCAGCCACAAAAUGCAGAGGCUGGUCCUGCCCUGACCUCUCAGCAUUGCAGGAAAUCUUCCUAAGACAGCGUCUGUGACAUGCUUAGUGGGCACCUGCUCUGUAAGGAGUACGGAAUCCGUGUUAACCAAGAGGACUCUGCAAACCCAGAGCUGCUCUAAAGCAGGGAAAUGCCUCUGUGCUAUGGGUUCAGCUUCUCUCUGCUCCAUACCCCCCCCUUCCCCCUGCCUCGAGACUGGCUGGGGCCUCCCGAGGGGGUCAGAACCUCUCUGCCCGGCGACCCCUCCAGUAAGGUUUGGGGGAGAAAGGGGAGGGAGUGUUUUCACUUCGCUGAAAACAGAACUUCUUAUAGUCACAUCUUCUUUCUUGGAAGGAGGAAACCACUCCUGCCUCUCGCCCCCAGCAGGCCAGGAAAUCCCCCUUCUGGCUGAGCCUGAACUGGCUUUGAAUCACUGUGCAGAAGCUGAUAAGGAUUCUCAGACUUUGGCCCUCAGAACUGUGACCACUCUUGAGCGGGGCUUAUGUCCUGGCUUAGUCCCCCCCCCCCCCCCCCCCCCCCCCCCCCCCGCCCCGGCCGGGGCCCUCAACAGUUCCACACCAGAGGAGGCCGGGCAAGUGGCCUUGUCCAAAAGGUUCAGUAGGAAAAUCCUUGGCCGCUGUCAUCUUCCUUCAGACUGUUCCAUUUUCUUGACUUUGUUCCAGGAUGAACCCAUGCCCCAUAGCUUUUCUCAUCCUCUUUAACCCAGAACUACACAACUGGGCUGGGAAAGACUGUCACAGUCAGCGUGUCCAGACUCCUUUUAUUGAUAAGGCAACUGAGGCCAGGGAGGGGGACUGACCUGCUCAAGGACACACAGCCCAGCUCAGCCUGCUGACUCCUAAUGGGGUCUCAUAGGUUACUUCUUCCAGGGAACCCUUGGCAAUCGCCUGGGGAUGUGUUUGUUAAUGGUUGUUAACAGCUGCUUAUCCCAGUGAUUGUGUCUUCUUCACCCAGGGGGUGAUGAAUCUCACCCAGUGCUGGGACCACUGGGGCCUGGGUUGGGCAGAAGUCUACCACCCCAGAGGAGCCUGGAGCCCUGGCCUCUCCACUCAUUCCCGGGGAGGGGGAUCUCCACCCUUUCCCCAUCUCCCCAGGCGCUGGUCUGAGACAUACACCUCGGUGACAGGAAUGAAAGGAUUCAUUCAGCCCUUCCCUCCACCAGCAUCAAUGGAGCACUUGCUGUGUACCUGGCGUCAGGGGAGGCUCUGGGUUUACAUCCAGUUUUUACACAGUCGGAUUCUUGAAAAGUGAUGGGUCACUGGAACCAUGUCAGAAUGGACUUCCUCACAAAUGAUUUUACAGAGCAGGAAAUAUAUUCUCAUGAUUUGAAAAAGUAGCCAGCCAUGUCUGUCUUUUUCUUUUUCUUUUUUUGCCAGAUACUAUUAAAGUCAACAGUCGAUAAACAAUUUAUUUCAAAAGUGAGUGUGUUAAGAGGUUCAUUAAUGAAAUAAAUGACACCAGUCACUCUCUCCGUCCGGUCAAACCACUUACCGCACUAACCCAGGAGCUCAGGCUCCAUUGUUCUCCAUCUUCUCUGCUAUGUGGAUUCUUUUUCCCUCGCAAGGAAAUUCCACACCCCCCCCCCCCGGCUUUACUGAGGGAUGAUUGACAUGUAACAUGGUGUACGUUUGUGACGACAUCUAGCGCUUCCUUCAACCCUGGUGACUCUGCCGCACUUCGGGCUCCUCGACGCCGGUGACCCAUCAUCUCUCGCGGAGGAGCCUAGUGGCGACGACCUUUCUUGGCUUCUUCCUCUGGUCCCUCCCUGUGAGGUUAAUCCACAUUUUCUACCCAAGUGUUCUCUCUGAAGUUUUGUAGACAUGAACAGAAAACACGUACGUUUCCAGAGUGAGGUCUUCAUACCCCCAACUCUCCAGCAUCUGGCGGUGAAUGUGAAGGUGCUCCUGGCUCAGAAGGAGUCCGGUCCCCUCCUCUGUGCUGGCUUGCCCCCUCGUUGGGACUUCUGGACUCAGCUGCCACAGGGAUAGCUCCACGAGUUGGGGGAAGAGUUUAAAAAGUAUGUUGUUCUGGGGUCACGCGGG